AUUCACAAUAAUCACAGUUUCACAUGACAAGACGAGUGUGCAAGUGUGUCUCUGAACUCUCAACUGAAGAUUCAUUCGACUCUUGACCAUGUCUUCUGCAACUGCAACUGCAACUGCAACUGCAACUAUGAUCAUCAGCUCCAUUUCAACAACAGCUUCAUCUUCGUCUCCAACCAGAACCACAUUUCGCGCCAAUUUCACUUCCAGUCCCAGAAGCAUCCUCGCAACUCCACUGUCUUCCAACCACCUCUUCUUCAAGCUCCGUCACUGCUCUUCUUCUUCAUCGAAGCGAUUCCCAACUUUCAAGCGCUUUUCCCCCGUCAUGGAGUGGCAGGAUUCCACGGUCAAGAUGGAGGUUGAUGUGCCCAUCUCUGUUGCCUAUGCUUGUUAUUCUGAUCGUGAAGCCAUUCCAGAAUGGAUGCCCUUUAUUUCCACUGUUAAGAUAUUGCCCGACAAACCUGACCUGUCAAGAUGGUCCUUGAAGUACAAGGCAUUCGGUCAGGAUAUUGAAUUCUCUUGGCUUGCUCGUAAUAUGCAGCCCAUUCCAAAUCAGAAAAUCCACUGGCGAUCUCUGGAAGGUCUUCCAAACAGAGGUGCAGUACGAUUCUAUCCAAAAGGUCCUUCAUCAUGCAUAGUAGAACUGACAGUCUCAUAUGAGGUUCCUCAACUUUUAGCUCCAGUUGCAUCGGCACUGCAACCUUUUCUUGAAGGUUUACUUCGAAAUGGUUUGGAAAGAUUUGCUAAGUUCGCAAAGUCAAAGAGCUACUAAAUCACAGAUUUUAUUAUGAUUGUCCUGAAUUUUAGAGCGGGACUGCAGUUCUAAAAAUUAGUACACAUGAUUAUUUUUCAUGGCGAUAUUCUCUAUGUCCAAACAUUGAUUGAAUUUGUAUAGAAUUUGGGCACAGUUAUCAUUCAACUGUUGUUUGCAUCAUCGUGGUUAUCCCAAUCAUCGCUGCCAAAAAUGCAGUCGCUGCCAAAAAUGCAGAAGAUCUUCUGCAUCGCAACCUUGUGGCGUAGCUUUGGAUUCACCAUGAGGACCAGCAACUCAUAAAGCGUAGUUUUAUUUCUGUAUCCUGGGUAAUGUAUGUACUUUUCACAUUUAUAUAUUUAAGGUCCUACCUUUAGUCAA